AGGGAGGCGCUGUUGAGUUGAAAGGGUUACUGUCAAACUGCUUUCUUUAGGGUGUAGUGACUUUCCAUUUUUCAAUCUUAAAUUAUAGGUAUUGAGUGACAAGGGAAAGGAUUAUUGAUUGAAGAUUUUUUUUUGAUUGAAUUAAAAAAAAAAUUGCUACCCAUUGGGUGGGGUUGACUUCCAAGGAGGGCUGUUGCUCAAAUCUGGCUAUUAGUCCCUCUUCCAUUCUUUCAAAAUGGCUUGUUACAGCACCACUUCCUGUCCAGGGAGGAAGUAAUUUUAGCCCAUGGACUGAAAUAUUUAGCAAAUCUUUAAAACAAAAGAAACAAAUUACAUUUCUUUCUGGCUUGAAAAGGGUGUCUGAGCCAGAUGGGGUUAAGGUGCCCCCUCAGAUGGGGUGGUUUGAAGAAGCCAAGGAUGUGGGGGGUGGCAGGCACCCUUUAGGUAGAGGCUAUCUCUUUUUUUUUGGUAGAAAUGAAGGGGUGGGUCUAUGGUACAUCACCUGAGUUGUGGGGUAAAUGUAGAGAGUGUCAAUCAAAGGCAGAGCUCAGAGCUGGGAAGGAGCUCUAGAUGGCGGCUGUGCCUUAGAGAGAGCGCGCUGAGCUCCGUGCCUUCCCAACACUUUACGCAACUUUCCCUAACUUUUGGGCAGCCUCAGGGGGCCCCCAGAGCCCCUUACCUGUUCUAGGCACGAAUCGGGGGCUAACUGAGCCUUUUUCGGGCAGAAAAGCAGCUUUUGGAGGCUCUCUUUUCGUGCCUUGCUGGAAAGAAGAAGCCGUGGAGAGAGCCCAGGUCGUUGUUUUUCCAGCUUAGAAGCCAUGGCGUACCUCCAUUUUUGUGCGCUCUCCUAAUGAGCUUUUCCCCCGGACAUUUUUUGUACUAAUUAUCGCUGCUUUUGCUUUCACAGCAGUAUAGUUUUGGGGAUUAGAAUCUAUUUAUUUUUUUAUUAUCUAAAAAUAUAUCGUUGUCGUUUUACCUCCAAAUAUUUUGCAUCUGAUGUUUUUCCACUACCCGAAACUAAUAUCGGCUUGGUCCUGGCGGUGGUGCAUGGAUCAGUAAAUACCUGGGCACAGGACAUCAAAGCAAACACAGAUACCCCCCAUUAAUAUUUAAGAAUUAAAAGAUGAUGAGAAAUGAGGACAAAAGCCAAGGAGAGGAGGGUUCAGUACACAGCAAUGCAUCGAGUCACUCAGCAUCUGAAGAGGCCUCUGGCUCCGACUCUGCAAGCCAAUCUGAAAGCGAGCAGGGGAGCGAACAGGGCAGUGAGCAUGGCAGUGAGACAAACAGCAGCUCAGAGUCCUCCGAAAGCCAGUCUGAAUCUGAAAGCGAGUCAACAGGUUCGAAAUCCCAGCAGACCCCACCUGAAACCAAAGAAAAACCAGCCAGCAAGAAGGAAAGGAUAGCAGAUGUAAAAAAGAUGUGGGAAGAAUAUCCUGAUGUUUAUGGGGUUAGGAGAUCAAACCGAAGCAGACAAGAACCAUCGCGAUUUAAUAUAAAAGAAGAGGCAAGUAGUGAAUCUGAAAAUGAGAGCCCAAAAAGAAGAGGCCAGAAGCAAAUGAGAAAACCAGGUAAAUGGAAAAGGGAGGCUUCUGGGGAAGAGGAGGAUGAAAAUGGUGGGGAGCAAGGCUCCAGUGCAGAUAGUGAACCAGAACAGAAGAAAGUUAAAGCCAGGAGACCAGUCCUGAGAAGAGCAGUGGUCAAAGCCAGUGUUAAAAAGCCCCACAAGCCCCAACGUGGUAAGAGGAGAAAGAAACAAGACUCGUCUGAAGAUGAAGAUGAUGAUGAAGAUGAUGAGACUCCCAAAAGGCAAACCCGGCGCAGAGCGGCCAAAAAUGUCAGUUACAAAGAAGACGAUGAUUUUGAGACGGAUUCCGAUGACCUGAUUGAGAUGACUGGGGAAGGGGCCGAUGAACAGCAGGACAACAGCGAGACCAUUGAGAAAGUCAUGGACGUAAGGAUUGGAAAGAAAGGAGCCACUGGUGCUUCCACCACUGUGUAUGAGACCGAAGCCAACGGCAACCCCAGCGCUGACUUUGACCCUGAAAAGGAUGAGGGAGAGGUUCAAUACUUGAUCAAGUGGAAGAGCUGGUCGUACAUUCACAGCACAUGGGAGAGCGAAGAGUCCCUGCAGCAGCAGAAGGUGAAGGGCCUGAAAAAAUUAGAGAACUUCAAGAAAAAAGAGGAUGAAAUCAAACAAUGGCUAGCCAAGGUAACUCCUGAAGACGUGGAAUACUUCAGCUGCCAACAGGAGCUCGCUGCAGAGUUGAACAAACAGUAUCAGAUAGUGGAGAGAGUGAUCGCUGUGAAGACCAGCAAGUCUGCAAUGGGACAUUCUGAGUUCCCAGCUCACAGUCGGAAAUUGUCCUCUAAUGAGCCCGAAUAUCUGUGCAAGUGGAUGGGGUUGCCGUAUGCAGAGUGCAGCUGGGAAGAUGAGGCCUUGAUUAGCAAGAAGUUUCAACACUGCAUUGACAGCUUCAGCCAUCGCAACAACUCCAAAACCAUUCCCACUCGGGACUGCAAGGUGUUGAAGCAGAGACCCAGGUUUGUUGCUUUGAAGAAACAGCCUUCUUACAUUGGUGGCGAGAACCUGGAGCUCCGAGAUUACCAGCUGGAGGGGCUCAACUGGCUUGCUCACUCGUGGUGCAAGAACAACAGCGUGAUCUUGGCUGAUGAAAUGGGCUUGGGGAAGACUAUCCAGACAAUAUCAUUCCUCUCCUAUCUCUUCUAUCAGCAUCAGCUGUAUGGCCCCUUCCUGAUAGUGGUGCCCUUGUCCACUCUGACCUCAUGGCAGAGAGAGUUUGAAAUCUGGGCACCAGAGAUUAAUGUGGUCGUUUACAUAGGAGACAUGAUGAGCAGAAACACGAUCCGUGAAUAUGAGUGGAUCCAUUCUCAGACUAAAAGGCUGAAGUUCAAUGCACUUAUCACAACAUAUGAGAUCCUCCUCAAAGAUAAGACUGUUCUGGGCAGCAUUAAUUGGGCCUUUCUGGGUGUGGACGAAGCCCAUCGGUUGAAGAACGAUGACUCUUUGCUGUAUAAAACUCUGAUUGAUUUCAAGUCCAACCACAGGCUCCUGAUCACUGGGACCCCGCUUCAGAAUUCUCUCAAAGAGCUCUGGUCACUGCUGCACUUUAUCAUGCCGGAGAAGUUUGAGUUCUGGGAGGAUUUUGAAGAUGAUCAUGGGAAAGGGAGAGAGAAUGGCUACCAGAGCCUUCACAAAGUCCUGGAGCCUUUCCUUCUGCGCAGGGUGAAGAAGGAUGUGGAGAAAUCCCUGCCGGCCAAAGUGGAGCAGAUUCUCCGGGUGGAAAUGUCUGCCCUGCAGAAGCAGUAUUAUAAGUGGAUUUUGACAAGAAAUUACAAGGCUCUCUCGAAGGGGACAAGAGGAAGCACGUCUGGCUUCCUUAACAUCGUGAUGGAGCUGAAAAAGUGCUGCAACCACUGCUAUCUCAUUAAACCUCCGGAAGAAAACGAAAGGGAGACUGGCAUGGAGAUGCUGAUGUCUCUAAUCAGGAGCAGUGGAAAGCUAAUUCUCUUGGACAAACUGCUGACCAGGCUGCGUGAGAGGGGUAACAGAGUCCUGAUCUUCUCCCAGAUGGUGAGAAUGCUGGACAUCUUGGCAGAAUACUUGGCUAUCAAGCACUACCCUUUCCAGCGCUUGGACGGCUCGAUCAAAGGGGAGAUCCGAAAGCAAGCGCUGGAUCACUUCAACGCGGAAGGCUCUGAGGACUUCUGUUUCCUGCUGUCAACGCGAGCUGGCGGACUGGGGAUUAACCUGGCUUCUGCAGACACUGUGGUGAUCUUUGACUCGGACUGGAACCCCCAGAAUGACUUGCAGGCUCAGGCUCGGGCUCACAGAAUUGGACAGAAGAAACAGGUGAACAUUUACCGCUUAGUCACAAAGGGGACAGUGGAAGAGGAGAUCAUCGAAAGGGCCAAGAAAAAGAUGGUGUUGGAUCAUCUGGUGAUCCAGCGUAUGGACACCACAGGCCGUACUGUACUGGAUAACAACUCUGGGAGAUCCAACUCAAAUCCUUUCAACAAAGAGGAGCUGACAGCUAUUCUGAAGUUUGGAGCUGAGGAUCUCUUCAAGGAGAUUGAAGGGGAAGAAUCGGAGCCGCAGGAAAUGGAUAUUGAUGAGAUUUUACGCUUGGCUGAAACACGAGAGAACGAAGUGUCCUCGAGCGCCACGGAUGAGCUGCUGUCUCAAUUCAAGGUAGCCAAUUUUGCAACCAUGGAGGAGGAAGAGACUGAGCUGGAUGAGAGGUCCCAGAGGGACUGGGAUGAUAUUAUUCCUGAAGAGCAAAGGAAGAAAGUGGAGGAGGAGGAACGACAGAAGGAAUUGGAAGAAAUCUAUAUGCUGCCCAGAAUUCGCAGCUCCACUAAAAAGGCUCAGGCAAAUGACAGUGAUUCUGAUGCUGAAUCCAAGAGAAGGAUACACAGGUCAUCUGGAUCAGAGAGUGAGACGGACGAUACUGACGACGAUAAAAGGCCGAAGCGCCGGGGGCGCCCACGGAGUGUUAGGAAAGACACGGUGGAAGGAUUUACUGAUGCUGAAAUCAGGAGGUUUAUCAAGGCUUAUAAGAAGUUUGGGCUUCCACUCGAACGGCUGGAGUGCAUUGCUCGCGAUGCUGAGCUGGUGGACAAGUCCAUAGCUGAUCUGAAACGUCUAGGGGAACUUAUUCACAACAGCUGUGUGUCGGCAAUGCAGGAAUACGAGGAGCAGCUGAAAGAAAACCCCGGUGAGGGGAAAGGGCCUGGGAAAAGGAGGGGUCCUACCCUCAAGAUCUCUGGUGUCCAAGUCAACGUGAAAUCCAUCAUCCAGCAUGAAGAAGAGUUUGAAAUGCUGCACAAAUCCAUUCCCACGGACCCGGAGGAGAAGAGGAAAUACUGCCUGACCUGCCGCGCCAAAGCUGCUCAUUUUGAUGUAGACUGGGGAGUGGAGGAUGAUUCUCGUUUAUUGCUGGGAAUUUAUGAACAUGGCUAUGGAAACUGGGAGCUAAUUAAAACGGACCCAGAACUGAAGUUAACUGAUAAGAUCCUACCUGUUGAGACAGAUAAGAAGCCUCAGGGAAAGCAGCUCCAGACUCGGGUCGAUUAUCUGUUGAAAUUGCUGAAGAAAGAUCUGGAGAAGAAGGAAACUGUGAAAGAUGGGGAAGAGACCAAACUGAAGAAGAGGAAACCACGUGUGAAGAAAGAGAACAAAGCUCCCAAAGUCAAAGAUGAGCAUGGAAAUGACCUGUCCUCUCCUCGGCACUCGGACAACCAGUCAGAAGAGGGUGAAGUCAAGGAGGAUGGCUUGGAAAAGAGCCCAGUGAAAAAGAAACAGAAGAAGAAAGAGAACAAAGAGAACAAGGAAAAACAGUCAACCACAAAGAAAGAAAAGGAAGGCGAUAAAGAGAAAAAGAAAACAAAGGAUAAGAAAGAGAAGGCCAAAGGUAGCGAGACCAAGUCUGGAAGCAAAGGGAAGCGAUCUCAGGGUCCUGUCCACAUUACAGCAGGGAGUGAGCCCAUCCCCAUUGGCGAAGACGAGGAUGAUGACCUGGACCAGGAAACGUUCAGCAUAUGCAAAGAGAGGAUGAGGCCAGUGAAAAAGGCACUGAAGCAACUGGACAAGCCAGAUAAGGGACUGACCGUGCAAGAACAGCUGGAGCAUACUCGCAACUGCCUCCUGAAAAUUGGAGAUCGCAUCUCAGAGUGCCUUAAAGCCUACUCUGACCAGGAGCACAUCAAGCUGUGGAGAAGGAACCUGUGGAUAUUUGUGUCCAAGUUCACAGAAUUUGAUGCUAGAAAAUUGCACAAACUCUACAAAAUGGCUCACAAAAAAAGAUCGCAGGAAGAGGAGCAGGAGCAGAAGAAGAAGGAGGACAUGGCUGGCAGCAAAAGGCUAUUCCGCCCAGAGCCUUCUGGCUCCAGCCGGGAUUCCCUCAUGUCUCAGUCUCACCUGCCUCCCAACCCUCAUUCUCAGAAACUCCACCUGCCUCCCUCGCACCCUCAGCAGAUGCAUGGGCACCAGCGGGACAACUACAGCCACCCUAGCAAGAGACACUUCAGUAACGCAGAUCGAGGAGACUGGCAGAGAGAUCGGAAAUUUAACUAUGGUGGCAACAGCAACCAGGUCUGGGGUGGAGAACGGCAUCACCAGUACGAGCAGCACUGGUACAAGGAUCACCACUACGGGGAUCGUCGGUCUCGCGGCGACCCCCACCGAAGCUCCGGGAACUACCGACCAAAUAACCUCUCCCGCAAGAGGCCGUAUGAGCAGUACAACAGUGACCGAGACCACAGGGGACACCGAGAUUAUUACGACAGACACCAUCACGAUUCCAAGCGGCGAAGAUCUGAUGAGUUCAGGCCCCAGAACUACCAUCAGCAGGAAUUCAGAAGAAUGUCUGAUCACAGGCCACCCAUGGGAUACCACGGCCAGGGACCUUCAGACCAUUACCGGUCCUUCCAUACAGACAAAUCGGGGGAUUACAAACAGCCGCUUCCCCCUCCUCACUCCCAGCUCUCGGACCCUCGCUCACCCCCGUCUCAAAAAUCCCCUCAUGAGUCCAAGUCACCCCUGGAUCACAGGUCGCCCCUGGACAGGUCGUUAGAACAGAAAAACAAUCCAGAUUAUAACUGGAAUGUUCGAAAAACAUAAAGCGACUGGGAUCGGAGGGAGAGAGCUCAUCUGAAAUACUUGGUCUGAUGCAACAGUGGCUGCUUUUCCAACCCGGUAACCGGAGACUGAACAUGCUGCUAUCGUCUUGCUGGGUGAAGGAGGAUUUUGGGGAGUGGGCAGGGGCUCUCCCCAGCUGUUAGUUCUGGUCUGGAUUCCUUUUUCAUAUUCCCUUCUCCAGUCUGGCAUUGGAACUGGAUCCAUUGCCCACAGGGGGGGGAACAGGUGUCAUUCUUUGCUUUAGUUUUGUUUUUCAAUGAAGGCUGCAUCUGACAGACUCUUGUGAAGAUUUCACAGCUGCGGAGCUUUCCCCAGAACCAAGAACGUGGAUCGAUGCUGCUUAAGACUUUGUAGACAGCUUUGUAUGCCCAGUCUGAAGUGACGUUACGUGACACAUGCUGCUGUGGGGUGGGCAUAACCCAGUCAGGCUGGGCUGUGUGUAACCAGUGUGGGGGUGGGAUGCAUUUGGAAUGGACAGGAGGGCUCUCUUAGAGAAAAUAACUGACCCUGCUCUUAUCAUGGUCCUCCGAGAGGAAGGGGGAACUCGGGGCCUCUCCAGAGUGGCUCAGAAAGGUAGGAGUGGGAAUCUAUCACUUCUCCUGUCUUUAUCCAUUUCAAGAGACUGGCUCUGCUUUGUGCACUUCAUGCGCUCUCUGCAGCACAGGCAGGGACAUGGGAAACAUUCACCUUGGUAAUCUUAAAACAGGUGGAGGUCCUCAAUAUAUGGGGAAGGGACAGAGUCCCUGAGCAGAGCCUUAAUUCCCCCUUCAAACC